ACCCCACCUCCCACAACUUCAACCCCAACCGCCCGGCGCCUCUCCAUGGUGAAAACUGAUCGGCGACGCUUGUGCUUGACAUUAACCUGAAUCAAGCUCCACCAGGCAAUUGGACUCGGAACUUGAACUUGAGACAUCGGUACAUUGCGCACAUUUUGCCGUCCCGCACAGCAAACACUGUGCUGACGAUUGUGAAUUUCGAAAAUUUGGGUUCUUCCCGUACUGACCUGCUGUUUUGCUGCUUUUAAAAGUUUUGUUUUUGUUGGAAAUAAAAUAAAAAUUCAUUUCCUGCCAGCGUGUGUUUGUGUGUGAAAUAUCUUAUCAGAUAACGUCGUAGUGAAAAAGGGGGAAAAUUGUGUACAAAGAGGAAAUUAUGAAAAUAGUGUUGUAUUUACCUAUCAAUACCAUUUGUGAAUUUAAAGUGAGCUGUUUGUAAUCGGUGUUGGUACCCCUUAUUUGUGCAUUCCAUCGUCAACAGUCAACCGAAAGGCCAUGAACAGAAGAAAAAGGCUUGUACGGUGUAAACAGAUACAUUUUCAUGAAAAAUCCUUUCCGUGUAUGAUCGAUUGAGAAACCACCAGCAGCUCGAACCACACGUGCGGGCUAAACGGAUUUACAACGAUUUUUCACCGUAAUUCCCAGUUUAUAGGAAAAAGAGCGAGAAAAAGAGAACGAGAAACAAUCAACACUGGAGUGCCAGUGCGGUGCCGACCGAGCACAUGACCGGUGGCCCGGAUGCUUCCCUACUGGUGGAUCCGUCGCUGGUCGGCACGAUGUCUGCGGUGAGCAAUCUGAGCACCCUUUCGGCAGCGGGAAGCGGUAACCAUCAUCUGCAUCUUUCCGACCAUGGCCAUUCCCACCAUGAUCAUCAGCACGCUUCCGGUGGUGCACGGAAGCGAAAGUUUUCCUUCAAUGAUACGAGCGACAUUGAAGAUGACACCUGUGAUGAUUCAAAAUCCGUUCGGACGGCCGACGAAAGUAAAAAGCAAAACCACAGCGAGAUCGAGAAGCGGCGGCGUGAUAAGAUGAACACCUACAUUACGGAACUGUCCGCAAUGAUACCGAUGUGCCAUGCGAUGUCCCGCAAGCUGGACAAACUCACCGUCCUCCGGAUGGCGGUACAGCAUCUGAAAACGAUCCGUGGUGCGGUACAUUCGUACACCGAGGGACACUACAAGCCGGCCUUUCUGUCUGACCAGGAGUUGAAGAUGUUGAUACUGCAAGCGGCCGAGGGUUUCUUGUUUGUCGUCGGCUGUGACCGAGGUCGGAUACUUUACGUUUCCGAGUCGGUUUCGCACAUACUGAACUAUUCACAGGGUGAUCUUCUAGGACAGAGCUGGUUCGAUAUACUGCAUCCCAAGGAUGUGGCAAAGGUGAAGGAGCAACUAUCAUCGUCCGAUUUAAGCCCUCGGGAACGUUUAAUCGAUGCUAAAACCAUGCUUCCGGUCAAGACGGAUGUUCCACAAGGUGUGACACGGCUCUGUCCCGGCGCUCGUCGUUCCUUCUUCUGUCGCAUGAAGUGCAAAGCAAACGUACAGGUGAAGGAGGAAGCGGAUCAAUCGAACAGUGUGUCCAGCGUGAACAAUGUGUGCCAUCGGCGCAAAAAGCAAGUAAAUUCCGAUAAGAAGUAUUCCGUGAUACAGUGCACCGGUUACCUGAAGUCGUGGGCCCCUGCCAAGAUUGGGUUGGAGGAGAACGAAACCGAUGGCGAGGGUGAUUCGUGCAAUCUUUCCUGUCUGGUGGCGGUGGGCCGCGUACAACCUAACCUCAACCAAAGCUGCAAUAUGACGGCAAAUGGUCUGCAUACGCCGAGCGGCACCAACGGUCGGUCGCGAAAUGGCAACAACUCCAACGCUGGCACGGGAGCGGGUACGAGCGGAGGCACUACGGGUUCGUCCAGCAAUGGCAAUCCGGCGGCAACAGCAAGCAAUGGUAGCGGGAAGUCGCUCAAUCGCAACAACAUUCCCAACCUGCGCAACGUUCAGUUUAUCUCGCGACACGCAAUGGACGGCAAGUUCCUGUUUGUUGAUCAGCGUGCUACACUCGUGCUCGGGUUCUUGCCCCAGGAGCUGCUCGGCACGAGUAUGUACGAGUACUACCAUCACGAGGACAUCCCGGCACUAGCAGAAUCGCAUAAGGCCGCCCUCCAGGGAACGCAAUGCGUUACGACAUCCGUGUAUCGGUUACGCACGAAGGAGACGGGCUUUGUGCGGCUUCAAAGCGAAUGGAAAUCGUUCCGCAACCCAUGGACGAAGGAGAUCGAGUAUUUGAUAGCGAAAAACAACGUUAUCCUGUCGGAGCUGGGUGACGCGGGAGCGGCACGUGCCGGCGGGUAUGGAAUGGGCGAACUUGGCGAUGGAACUGGUGAACCCGGUUCCGGGGCUUCCGGCCAACCGGGCGUAGGAUACGAGUUCUUCAAUCACACGAAUGGACGUGAAAUACAGCGCAUGAUCAACUCGCACGUGGAGGCAGGCAAAAUUGGCCGCCAGAUAGCGGAACAGGUGCUGGACCAUCAGCGACGGGUAGGCGAUUCCUCCUCGGAGAGCAGUCCCAAUCCAAACGAACCGACAAUGCAACCCGCCUUCAGCUCUGCCCUGUCCGAGGCGAACCAUUCAAACGAUGCAAUUACGUCCGGUGAGCAUAGUAUGGUCACUUCCACCGGUGUAUCACCUUCCUCGAUAGCCGUCGUACCUCCGACGGUGACGACGCGCAUCAACGGAACACUGCCCGGUUACAGCCAUGUGCAGACAAAUGCCAUCAUCAGUCCGGAGCAUGAUGUAUCACAAACGCAAGCCAGCAGCACGGAUGGGAACGAUGAGGCAGCGAUGGCAGUGAUUAUGAGCCUGCUAGAGGCCGAUGCCGGUCUCGGUGGUCCGGUCGAUUUUUCCGGCCUUCCUUGGCCACUACCGUGAGCUUGGAGAAGGCUUCCACUUUACUACACUUCAUCAAGGCUAUGAUCGUGAUCAAUCGAACGUACGAGGGCGUUUGUGGAAACGAAAGUUACCAAAAUUAGACAAAAGACAAAACAAAACAAAACAAAAAUUCCAAUCGCAUCGUUUCUUUGCCGUUGGUUUAGAAACGUCCAUGUACAAACUAUUUGCAACUGCAUUUAAAUGCAUUAACCAGAGAGAUAGAAUAAACAAUCGCGCUGCUGAAGGGAACCGUGCCGCAAGAAAGUUAUAAGCUAAGCUAGUAAGGAAGCUGAUAGUAAAGAAUAGUAAUAGAAUUAAGCUGGAAACUGAAUUCCUAAGGUGCACUGUGAUGGGCGUUACAAUGAGGAAAUGAAUAAACGUAAUAGUGAAAGGAAAACAAUAAUGUACAAAGUAACACAAA